AUGUGGGAUACAAAGGAAAUUGCCAACUUGCAAUUCCUUUAUAUAUAUAAAGUUCCAACAUCUAUACCUGUGAUUGAUCUUCACACCUUAUUUUCAACAGAUUCUGAAUCUUCCACUUGUUCCUCUGAGCUCAAUAAGCUUCAUUCAGCUUCUAAAGAAUGGGGUUUCUUCCAGGUUAUAAACCAUGGAAUAAGUGAGUCUUUAUUAGAGGAUUUUAAGAGUGAAGUUUUGAAGUUGUUCAAGCUUCCAAUGGAGGAGAAAGAAAAGCUUUGGCAGAAAGAAGACUGCCAAGAGGGUUUCGGUCAACUGUUUGUUGCAUCCGAGGAUCAGAAGCUUGAUUGGUGUGACAAGUUUUACGUAAAUACCCUUCCAUAUAAUAUCAGAAAUUCCAAACUAUUUCAGAAGUUACCUCCCAUCCUCAGUGAGAAGGUGGACACGUACUCUAGGGAAAUAAAAAAGCUAGCAGUAGGCAUCUUGGGUGAAAUGGGUAAGGCUCUAGGGAUGAGCAAGGAGGAAAUGAGGGAGUUAUUUGAUGAUGGGGCCCAGUUCCUACAGAUGAAUUAUUAUCCCCAAUGUCCUGAACCAGAAUUGGCUAUGGGAUUCUCCCCUCAUUCUGAUGCAACUGGAUUAACAAUCCUCUAUCAACUAACCAAAACCACUGGCCUCCAAGUUCGAAAAAAUGGAAAAUGGGUAUCCGUUAAGCCUUUGCCAAAUGCUUUGGUAGUCAACAUUGGGGACAUAAUGGAGGUAACAACAUAAUUCAUGAUUUCAGCAAGAUGACAAAAGGAUAAUCGAUUUGAUAUUUUCAAUCCGUUUUCAUACAAAAAAUAGAAUGUGUUUAUGAUAUCAUUUUACUUAUUUACAGUCUAUCUAGUUUCCAUUGCAUUGCAAAUUUGCAAUGCGUUGUGUUGUUUGAUUUAGAUUCUAGAAUAUAUUUGCAGUUAUAUAUUGCAAACUUCAACAAAUAUCUUCUUCAUUCUCUUUCGGAUUUGAAUUCAUCAACAACCCCAUGUAUUUCCGUUUUAAUUGCUUAUAUAACUAGAAACUGAAAAAGAAAAAGAAAAAGAAAAAACCAAAUCCAAAAGACCCCAACAACUUCUCUUUUUAGGAUUUUUUUUUGUUCGAUUUCGGUUCUAGGAAA